AACUGCGAUUAUCUGAUCGAAAAACUCAAGAGAACUUCAAUCUCGGCUUGCGAUUGAGACACCUGCGACCCUUUCAUAUUAAUAGGGCGAAAUUACCGUCAACUCUAUUUGCGCUAUACCUUUCACCCUUGUCGCAAGUCUCCCUAGUUCUAGGUCUAUAAGUUCUAUAAGUUGGCAUAAACCCCAUCGCCUUCACUUUACGACCCGGCUCAUUCGAGAAACCCCGCCAACGCCUAGUGGAUUUGCCUUGUAAUGGGCUUAUAGUAUGCCUCCAUCAUCUAAGAGAUCACAGAGGACGCGCCGGCAUCGCGAUAUUAGUCCGAGCCCCGCCCCACCAGAGCAAUCCUCCCCGUCGCGCCCGUCGAAACGUAGAAGAAAAGGAGACGAAGCAGUUCCAGAACUCGUCGAGGAUGAAGGUUCUAGCCUCACUGUCGAUAACUCGGCGCCCGAGGGGCCUAGUGAUGACGACCGAUUGAUUACCCAAGUAACCCAACACCUGCGAAGCAUUCAAACACAGGCCAGCAAAGACCACGCCAAUGCGAUACACGAAGCCAAGACCGAAGAUAUUGAAGCAUAUGCUAAAAUAUCCGCACAUGACUGGACGUAUUACAUCAAGACCCUGUCAAUCAACAUUGGUAGAACUUCCGAACCUUCUCACGCCCACGCCCCUGCCCCUCGGCAAGACCGCGAAAAUGACGACUUUGUUCAUAUCGAUCUCGGCCCGUCCAAAACGUUCUCACGCCAGACGGCUGUUAUUUACUACGACUCAGAGCCUGGGAGAUGGUUCAUCCAGGCAAAAGGGCGCAAUGGCAUCAAGGUUAACAACAUCCCUAUGAAGAAGACGGAUACUCCGCAUCCUCUUUCUAGCGGCGAGGUUAUUGAGAUUGGGGGCAUUGAAAUGAUGUUCGUUCUGCCUGCUAGUCUGGGUCCCCUCGAGAUACAUCCUAUGUACCUUGAACAGGCUGGUAUCAAGCCUUCGCAGUCGACCCCUGCGCGCGAAACAGGGCGGACAGCUCUUCCUACGGCACCUCCAGCAGAUCAUCCAUCUUCGCAGCCUGCACGGCCCUCUUCUUCCCGUGGCCAGCCCUUCCAGCAGCCAAUUGCGCCCGCACCCCCGGACUACAGACGUCCAGGCACCCCGCCCUCUGCUAGGAGUCGCCCUGCUACUUCUCACCAGCAGAAGACACCUGCACAUGGCUCUUCUGGUACCGUAAUAAUGAGCCAGAGUGAUGUAGACUUAACUAAGGACGAAAACAAACACAUCAAGCCGCAUUUUAGCUAUGCCCAGAUGAUUACACAAGCGAUUAUGAGUACUCCAGAGGAGAAGCUAAACCUUGCUGGAAUAUAUCAGUACAUAAUGAAACAUUACGCCUAUUAUCGACAUCAGCCUCCCUCCGGUUGGCAGAACUCCAUCAGACACAAUCUGUCCCUGAAUAAGUCCUUUAUGAAAGCACCUCGGACGACGGAUGAGCCAGGCAAAGGUAUGAAAUGGGAAAUUGUCCCCGAAGCUCGCGACGAAAUGAUACGCGUUGCAUAUAAAGGCGGACGCGGGGGUCAUCGCGGUUCUUCGGUGCCCUCAUCCCCCAGUCAGCCUAGCCAGUUGAGCUACAUUACACACGGGCCUAGAGAACUCACCAAUCGGGAGCCGGCAUCGACUCGAAAGCGCAAGGCGUCCCCGAUCGCAUCGCCACCUCCAAAGUCGUCCUUCAACCUGGCCCAGGUUACACCAGACCGCAAGUAUCUCCCAACUGAGUCGGCAAGUUUCCAAGAUGGUAGCCCUCUUCCGCGCCGACGGGCCCUAGAUGGGUCUAGCUUUGAUGCUACGCAGACACUCCCGCAAUCGCCUCCAACUCUCUCAUCGUCCUUCCUUCAGGAUGAGAGUGCUUCCUUCGUUACCCCAGCACCCCAUCGUGUUCACCCUAGGCUUGCGCCUCCUAGUACCGCCCAGCGGCCCAGUCAGCACAUGCCGACCAGUUCUCCUGCCCCCUUCUGGAAGUAUGCCGACAUUGGGAGCACGCCCUUAAAGCCGCCGCAGUUUGACGUUAGUCCCUUGAAGCCUAUGCGUCGCCUGGCGAACAGCAGCAGCCCCCCUCCCGCCGCAGGUGAUGGAUCACCUGCUGCUAGUCCCAGCAGAUCGAUCCGAUCAGCCCGUACGGAGACCCAAGAUAGAGAAAAAACCACUGCACCGGAAGAAGAGGAAGAAGAAGAAGGAGGAGGAGAAGGUGGCUUUGACCUUACUAAGGGCUUCCAGAGCAUCGGUUCUUACCACGCUAAUCUCCACUUUGGUGGUGGACUUGGACCUCGUGCCAAUGGUAGACGGGUUUAAGGAAGCGUGUUGUACACGAGCCUUUUAGAAGUCUUUUACGAGGAACAUUAACCUGCAUCCAACGAAUACUUGGGCCGUUUAAUCGGUCUUAUCGGGUGGAAAUAGCCCUGAUUU